GAUGGCGGCUGAGGACCCCCUGCAGCCCCCCAUCCUCCACGCCCUUUUCUACCGUCCGGAGCCCGACGAGGACGACGAUGAUGAGCAGGGGUGGGACGGGGACACCCCCGAGACCCCCCCGGCGGAUGGGGACCCUCCCAAAAUUGUGGAACCCCUGAACAGCGAAGAACCCGUGAGAGAUGAGGAUCAACCCCGCAGCACUAAGAGAGUACGGUUCAGCCUUCAGGUCCAGGUUUUCCUACUCCAGCCCCCCCCCGAUCCCGAUGCCCGUCGGGGUCCUUGGGAGACCCUGGCCCGUGAUCGCCUGCGCUUCGCCCACCGCUGUGCUCUGCUCAGCCCCAUCCUCCAGCCCAUCCUGCAGCCCUCGCACCGGGAGCGUGUUUGGGAAAGGCUACAAGGAGGAGAGAGCCUCCGGGACCCCCCCCAGGAGCCCACCAGUGGAGGAUUCCCCCCUCCUGCUCCCCCCCUCCAGGACCACCUGUCUGAUGGGAAACCCCAGGACUCCACCUGUGGAAUGGGAAUGCUCCAAUGAUGGGGAGCAAUCUGCAUGGGGGGGGGGAGUAUGACAAGGGCUGACCUCCCCCCCAACUGUAAUUUAUUUAUUUAUUCCUUU